AAAAGGUACAAAAUAGACAUUUCAUUUAUAUAUGCGCUUAUACAGUUGGUGUCCUGAAGUCAUUGCUCCGACUACCUCCUCACGCGGAUAAUAUACAUAAAUCUUUAACGUCCUUUGUGUCCUACGCCAGGUCGGAAUUAAUCUUACAGUCCAAAAAUUUUCCUCUGUUUUUUAGUGCUAUAAACAACUACUACUACUACUACAAAGUGUUUCUUCUCUGCUCCUUCACUUUCAAUUCAACUCAAUUCUUCAUUUCCUUUCUCUCUGCUCCAUCACCUAAAAAAGUUUAACGAAGGAUACCAUCAUGCCAACUUCUUCAGAACUUCCAGAUUGCUUCUACUCAAAAACACCUCCAGAUUUGAUCACUCCUUGUAACCCAACACCUAAACACACCAUUUACCUCUCAAAUCUCGAUGAUCAAACUUUCCUCAGAUUCUCAAUCAAAUACCUUUACCUCUUCAAGAAAUCCACCAACGUUGAUUUGCUCAAACAAUCUCUGUCUCGGGUUCUCGUUGACUACUACCCAUUAGCCGGAAGGUUGAGGAAAAGCCGAGAAAGUGACCAUAAGCUUGAGGUUGAGUGCAAUGGAGAAGGAGCGGUUUUUGCUGAAGCUUUCAUGGACAUAACCGCUGAUGAGUUCGAUGAAAUCUCCGACAAGCCCAACAGGAGUUUCAGGAAACUCUUGUACAAGGUUGAAGCUCCAACUUUCCUGGACAUUCCUCCUCUAGUUGUUCAGGUAACGAAUCUCAGGUGCGGAGGUAUGAUUCUGUGCACCGCAAUCAAUCACGGCCUGUGCGAUGGGAUCGGCACUGCUCAAUUCCUACAAGCUUGGGCCCACCUCACUACAAAAUCUACCACUGAACUUCCAAUCAUACCCUUCCAUCACCGCCACGUCCUCAAACCACGGUGUCCUCCCCAAGUAACUUUCUCCCAUCCAACGUUUGCCAAAUCUACCCCUGACAAUAAACCUAGUUUCCAAAGUGAUCCCAAUCUCUUUCAUUAUUUACAAUCUCAGCCACUUGUGCCGUCAUCUUUAAUUUUUAAGGCCUCUAGCAUCCUCAGCCUGAAGAGGAAAUGUGUCCCCUCACUAAAAUGCACCAACUUUGACAUUGUAUCUGCUCACACAUGGCGAUGUUGGGUUAGAUCAUUCGAUUUGUCACCGUCUGUCGAGGUGAAACUUUUGUUUUCGAUGAAUAUCAGGAGGAAAUUGGAACUUGAAAUCCCUGAAGGCUAUUACGGAAAUGCGUUUGUGUUAGGAUGUGUUGAGGCCACGGUUAAAGAAUUGACGGAAGAUAACUUGCAUGGCGUGGUGAAACUAGUGCAACACGCGAAAUCUAAAGUCACGGGCGAUUAUGUGAAAUCUAUGAUUGACCAUUUGGAAGAUAAAACGCUAAAGGUAGAUCUUUCCAGGAGCUUGGUGAUUUCUCCAUGGUCAAAAUUAGGACUAGAGGAUUUAGAUUUCGGAGAAGGGAAGGCUUUGCAAAUGGGUCCUCUAACUAGUGAUAUUUACUGUUUGUUCCUGCCGAUUAUGACGGAUGUUGACGCCGUUAGAGUUCUGGUGUCAAUGCCAGAGAGUGUAGUGAGUAAGUUUGAGAAGUACAUGACAGAGUUUGAAGAUAAUGGGAUGGUCAGAAAUGGAGAGCCAAAUGGUAAUUGCAAUGGUGACUUAAGUCUUCAUUCACAAUGAACUUAUAAAGCUAACUUUUUUUUCCUUUUUUUUUUUUCUUUUUUAACUUAAUUUGUUUCUUUAACUAGUUGAGCUUGUCAAUUUCUAAAUGGCAUAUAAGGCUUUCAUCGAUGAAGUUACUCUCCCAUCGUAGAAAUGAACAUUAUUGUAACAUUAAUAGCAUAGUUUUGCUGUUAGAGAUUUAUGUGUAAUUAUUUAUAUGGUAUACAUUUUAUAAUUAACACUAGCUAGCUAGUUGAAUGAUUGAAUAUGGCAUCAAUCAUUAGUCUCGCUUAAAUAUUUUUGGGUAGAAUAUUGAUGAAUGAAUUUCAUUCUUUUGUGAUCAUCCCACCCGAAAUAUAGAGGAUGGGCAACAGAAAGUAAUAAUGCAAUGUCCUCCUCACUGUCGAUUUUUAC